CAAUGCAACUGGAGUUCUGUAUUAGCAUGAAGUGUCCAUUGCUAGUGUUUCUGUGGAGUUCCUGUUGGGGCCUUUCUUUUGCUCUCUAUUUUCAUCAAGGAGAACGAGAAGAAAAAUGCAUUAUAGAGGAUAUCCCUGUCGAUACUCUGGUUACAGGAAGGUACAAAAUGCAGGCGUGGGAUUUUCUUGCCCAUGGCUUUCUUUCCUCCGCACCAGGUUUGGGUAUGUUUGUGACUAUCAAAGGACCGGAUGGAAAGACAAUGAUGCAUAAGUUAUACGGUUCAGAGAGUCGUUUUACGUUCACCUCACACUUGCCAGGAGAACACUACAUCUGCCUGAUAUCCAAUUCAACCCAAUUAGCGGUAUUUGCUGGAAAUAAGCUGCGUGUCCAUUUGGAUGUUCAGGUUGGGGAGCCUCCCAUUGAUGAGUCUCUUGCUGAAACCAAGGACAAAAUGGAUGAGGUUGAGGAGAGAAUCCAACAUGUGGUAGAGCGGAUUCGCCAAAUUGGCAAACAGCAAAAUUACCAGAGGACACGUGAAGAACAAUUUCGCCAAACCAGUGAAGACACCAACAACAAUGUAUUGUGGUGGGCCGUCAUUCAAACCAUUAUCCUACUUUCAGUGGGAGUCUGGCAAAUGAAGCACAUGAAAGAUUUCUUGAUUGCCAAAAAGCUAGUCUGACAUAAUGCAUGCUGUAGGAGCAGUUUUUUAUUAUUAUUAUGGUAUUUGUGCUACAUUAUAUUCACAAACUGAGUUUAUUGCUUUAAUGGGGACUUCCAGUUUGUGAAUCUUGGGUUGUGAAGAUUGAAUCGGGAAUUUUUGUCUGUCAAACCCCAAAUGCUAGUCUGCAGAGUCCAUAAAAAAACUGGAGGGCAAAUUACAUGCAUCCAAUACAUGCAAAUUGUAAAUACCAAUUAACUACAAUUAAGAGUCCAUUCAAUCUAUCGGGAGUGUUCCACUAAUUUAUUAGAUCUUGGCAGAUCUUUUAAUCACAAUUCCUCAACUGUUCGCCAAAUCUCUUAAUAUUUCUGUUACCCAACUCUAUCACGCUGAUAAAAAUCCAAUAUUAGCUUAUAGCUCUUUUCACAUAGAAUAAAACGUUUCAAAGCUCUUU